AUGCGUCCACGAAAACUUUUCUCGUGCGUCGCGCUACUACUCUCCGGCGACGCAGUAAUCUCCCCAGUUAAAGCCGGCGUCCGCGCCGCUGUUACUUCCCGAGCUGCGCUACUUAUUUCCCUCGUCGUCGUAAUUCACCUCUCUACCUCCUCCGCGCAGCCCGCGCCUAUCCUCCCCGCUCAAGUUUCCGCCCAAGCCAAGCCCUCCGCAUCCCUGCUUCCGCCAGCGCUCUCCCAAGCGUGUCCGCACACGGGGCUUGCGCCGUCCGCAACCGCCAUUGCGUCAACCCGAUGCCCCGCGGCAUCCGCGCAAUCGUGCUGCGGAGCUUGCGCGGAUCUCAACGCCGCGCUCGGCCUUGCCAGUGCGAGUUUGGGCGACCUGGUGUCGCUCGUCAGUCCCGAUGCUCUAAGUUUCGUGCAGACCAGCGCCAAGGCGUGCGACGCGUUCAUCGGCCAAACGACGUGCCUGCAGCUGCUGGAGGACCUUACCUGCGCGCUCACGUGCAACCCAGAUGCGGGCGCGUAUGUGAGCGCCACUGCAGCAGGCACGGUGAUCAGCGUGUGUGACGCGUUUGCACAGGCGGUGAUGGAAGACUGCCAAGGCAUUGACCUGGGGGAGGUAUCCAUGAGUCGAGUAGCGCCGGACCCCUCCUCCUUCAUGACCAUAGUGGCAGCGAGCGUGACAUCACUCAUGGGCGCGGCUGACGUCACCAUCACCGUGGACAAUACAGCAUCUUGCUUCAACGGCACGGGUCUUUACCCUCGCUACACUGCCUGCUGCGACCCGCUCACCAUCCCCCCCACAUGCCCUCCCAACUCAAUCAACUCCUCUUACUCCUCCUCCCUCUCCUCUCGCUCCACCACCUCCUCCUCCUCCUCCUCUCUCCCCCCUCUCACCCGAGUCACCGACCCAGACGCGUGCAUGCUCGGCACUCUCCCCCCAACCUCCCAACCUCCCGAACCUGCCCCGUCCUCCGAGCCUUCCCCGGGCCUCUCGCCCGAGCCUGCGCCACCCACUCCCGGACCUGUCGUCUACCCUGCAUGUCCGUUCACUAAAGAACCCCCGACAAUCCCUAAGAGGGUCCCAACUCGUUGCCCUGCUGCGGCGAAUAAGACGUGCUGUGCCGACUGCAGUGACUUAGGUUCGGCAAUGAGGCUCGUGGGGACGAACCUUGAGGAUGUUGUGGUGCUGAUUGAUCCGAGCCUGGUUGGAUUCGUGGAUUCGGGAUUUAAGAUGUGUGACAUGUUCACGGGCGGUCAGAUGUGCGAGCAAGCCAUAGAGGAUCUGCUGUGCGCCAUCACAUGUAACCCAGAUGCGGGUAACUACACCCGGGUAACAGCGGACGCCACAACAAUGUCCGUCUGCGCUUCUUACGCUGAGUUCUUCUUUGGCGUCUGCCAGGGCAUUUCCAUCGGAGCUGUCCCCCUCAGCACGCUCAUCACCUCUUCCGAGUCGUUCCUUAAUGCCAUCGCAGCCAGUGUAAUGAAGGCCAUCCGCUACAGUAACUUCAACAUCGUUGUAGAGAAGAAAGCAUGCUUCAGUGGUUCUCAGUGCGCGGACGUGUCGGCCGCGCAAAUGAUGACCGGCACAAACCUUUCCGCCGUGCUCACGAAUAUCAGCCCCUCACUCGCAGGCCUCGUCGAGCCGAGCGUUAAGGUGUGCGACCUGUUCGUUGGCCAACUGGAGUGCCCCUUUCUCGUCGAGGCGAUCGUGUGUGGCGCCAACUGCAACCCUGAUUCGGGCAGCUAUGUGAACAGCACCAAGGACGGCGCGUCAGUCAUGUUAAUCUGCCCGGAAUUCGCUGACCGCAUCUUCAGUGCCUGCAAGGGCAUCAAACUGGGCACGUAUGUGCUGAGCGAGCUGAUAGCGGAUGCACAAGCAUUCAUCGACACGGUUAUUGUCAACACGAUCAAGGUGGCUGGAGUGCCCAACCUCAACGUCACAGUCAGCAACAGCACUUCGUGCUUUGCAGAACCAGCCCUCGCCAGCACAAGCCCAUGCAACGCUGCUGCUUCCAUUCCCCCCACUUGCGCUGCUCCUGGUGGUGGCAGCACAACCAUCACGCCCCCCCCUUCACCUCCCCCACCUAAGAGUGGUGCUUAUUCAGUUGUGCUGAAGGUGGCUGUUGCUGCUUGGAUUGACCUCUCCCCCUUUCGACUCUUCCAAUCUCUUCCCUCCCUCAACUUAUAUCCUCUCCCUGACCCUCCCCGACUCUCCCUCUCCAUCCUCUCUCCCACCUCCGCCUUCUUACCCCUAAAUAUCCUCCACGUCUACCCUCUCCCUUCUUCCACCUUCUCUCCUCCCCACCCUCUCCCCCUCCGUACUUCCCACCUUCCCAGCAACUUUGUGCCGAACCUCACCAUCGGCCCUCCGGUGAUUGCUGCGCUUCGAAAGCACACGGAUGCCUACCUGGACUGCCACCUCAUGGUCACAGACCCCUUCGCCUACGUGGAGUCUAUGAAGCAGGCCGGGGCUUCCUCCUUCACCUUCCAUGUGGAGGCUGUGCCAGGCAGGGCACAGCAGCUGGUGGCUGAGGUGCAUGCAGCGGGCAUGAGGGCGGGGGUGGCCAUCAAGCCUUCCACGCCUGUCGAAUCCGUCCUGCCUCUCUUGGAGGGACAGGAGGCAGUGGAUGUGGUGCUGGUGAUGACAGUAGAGCCGGGGUUUGGAGGGCAGGCGUUUAUGCCUGACAUGAUGCCCAAGGUGCAGUUUCUACGGUCACGAUUCCCAGAGCUGGAUAUUCAGGUGGAUGGCGGGUUGGGUCCAUCGACAAUUGGUCAAGCAGCAGAAGCUGGAGCCAACUGCAUUGUUGCUGGAAGCUCUGUGUUUGGCGCUUCCGACCCGGCCGCUGCCAUUGCUGUCCUCCGUGAUGCCUGCACCCGCCACUCCGCUACUGUCUCACUGAUUGUGAAAAACACGGGCGCUUCUGAGCACGCGCAGCCUGCUUACGCGCCCCCUGCUUCCUUGCCUCAUCCCCUCUCCCCGUCCUCCCCUCCUAUCCCUCUCCCCCUUCCCUCCCAUCGCUCUCCCCCUUCCCUCCCAUCCCCCCCUGACAGCCGCUAUUACCGCCCCACCGAUACCGAAACACAGGGCCUCCGCGCGGCCGGCACGAGCGGCAAGGCUGGGACGGCCGGCACGGGCGGCAGGAUGGAGCUCGUGGACGGCACAAGCGGGAAGAUUCUCCGAAUCGGAGUGUAUCAGAUCCGGCAGAAGUUUCACCGAGAUCUGCCGCCCACGAAGCUGUACGCGUUUGGGACGAGCCGCGCGCGCGCGUCGUAUCCGGGUCCGACUAUAGUGGCGAGGAAAGGCGCCAUGACUAAGAUUCGGUGGGAAAACCAUCUAACGGACGAAAAGCACAUGUUGCAAGUAGACUACACUAUCAAUAAGGACGUCCCUAGACCAUCCCGUGGCGGCAUUCCCUUCGUGCCCUUCCGGCAGGGAGGCCACGCGCACAGCUCGUAUUCCGGCCAUCCCCAGGCGUGGUUCACUCAGUACGGCGAGCUCGGCCCUGCCCUCUCCUCCCGAUCCUCCACCCGAACCUCCCGUGCCUCCCGAACCUCUCCACUUCCCUCCUCCUCCUCUUAUCCCUCUUCCGGAGGCCCUGAGGCCCCUCAAGAGCAUGCAUACUAUUCGCAAACGUACAAGUAUCUGAACCAGCACUCUGCGGCUCUGCUCUGGUAUCGGGACCGCACUCAGGGCGUGGGGAGGUUGAACCUUAUAGCGGGGAUGGCAGGCCUGUACGUUGUAACGGAUCCUGACGGGGCCGAGGGGAAGCGGAGAAGUGGAAAAGCAGGGAGCGGAGAAGCAGGAGGGGGAGGAUCAGGAGGGGGAGGAGGAGGAGGGAUAGGGGAGCAAGGGGGAGGAGGUGGGAAGGUAUCGGGGGCGGGAGUGGGAAGCUGGAUUCCCAAGGGGGAUUACAGUAUUCCUCUGGUGUUGGCGGAUCGAACGUUCACAGCGAAUGGAUCGCUGUAUUACCCGAGGAGAGGGGUGGUGCCUGAUGUGCAUCCCAACUGGGUGGACGGGUUCUAUGGCAACACCAUUGUUGUGAAUGGCCUGGCCUGGCCGUACCUCAAGGUGCGUCCAGCGCUGCACAGGUUGCGCCUGCUCUCUGCUGCCAACGCUCGUUUCUUCAACCUCUCCUUUGUCUGUGCCGAUCGCCGCGACUACCCCAACUUCUACCCUCCUUUAAAAGGGAGCAAAGUGAAAUUUGCCCAGAUAAGCAGUGAUGCAGGUUAUCUCGUCCGCCCAUCCUACGUCCGCUCCCUGCUACUUGCACCAGGCGAGCGAAAGGACAUUCUCGUGGACUUCUCCUCGCUGCCCUCCGUCUGCCGGGACGUGAUUGUAACGAAUUCGGCUCCCUCGCCCUUCCCUAACGGCACGCCUCCGGGCAGUCACACGGGGGUGGUGAUGCGGAUUGUGAUCACCCAGACGAAGAAAAUCGCCAGCCCAAAAAUACCCGAGAAAAUAUCGAACCCCCUUCCCCCAAUCAACCUGAACCAGGCAGCGCAGCACCGGUGGAAGAUGCUUGUCUCAGUUAAAGACGCGCAAGCUGACGCCCCUCUGCGCAUGCUGAUCGACAACAUGGGCUUUAAGGACGCGGCCACUGAAGCGCCCAGAGUGGGGACAUACGAAAUAUGGCACAUAGUCAACCUCUCACCCAUCGCCCACCCCAUCCACAUUCCCCUCGCACUCCACCGCCCCAUCUCCCGCCGUCGAUUCGACGCAGAGGCCUUUUUGGACGGAUUCUGUGCGUUUGAUCGGGCGAUGGGCACACCCAUCACGCUCUCAUCCCAGCACACCCCUCACGCUCUCAUCCCAGCACACCCCUCACGCUCUCAUCCUAGCACACCCCUCACGCUCUCAUCCCAGCACACCCCUCACGCUCUCAUCCCAGCACACCCCUCACGCUCUCAUCCCAGCACACCCCUCACGCUCUCAUCCCAGCACACCCCUCACGCUCUUUUAUCUUGA